CCUAUUCUCUUAUUAUAACAGAUCUCAUCACUGGCGGACUACAUAAAAUAAUCGAAUUUCAUCAUGGCUGUUUCUUCCCAUCGGGACGACUUCUUCCAGACUACUUCUGCUCUUGAUGAACAGAGGCGAAAGGAGGCCAAGUCAAUUAAUACCAAUGGCUCUCCUAUCCGACUGCAAAGCAAGAUCCUCGCCGUUAAACCGGAUCCUUUCGACCUUGGCUCUGUAUUUGUGGCCCAGAGCGGCGGAACAGUCAGGAAGAUAGUUCUCGCAACCGGUGAAACUGCUUCCAUCUUCAAGGGACCGACUGCCCCCAUCACGAGCCUUUGUUUUAGCCCAAACGGCCGGAUUCUGUUCGCGGGAUGCUGGGAUAAAACAAUCUGGAGCUGGGAUGUAAACUCAACACAACGAAAGCUACAGUAUGAGGGACACACCGACUUUGUGAGGUCGGUCGUAACUACGAGGGUCAAUGGCCAGGAUCUCCUAGUGUCAGGCGGCGCCGAUGCGCAAAUACUUGUAUUUGACAUCUCAAGCGGGCAACGGCUGCACGUAUGGAAGGGUCAUGCAAAGGGCGUUCAGGACCUCCUGAUUGAUCCGCUCACGUUAGAUGACAACAGCACCGAGCAAAUCGUUUUCAGCGCCGGUAGCGACAGGGAAAUACGACAAUUUGAUCUAUCCAAAGGCAGUCAGGACCUCACAGGCACAGAAGCUCUUUUGGCCCACGAUACGAACGUUUACAAACUCCAUUUCGAUCAAGAUGGUGAUCUCUGGACAGCUUCAGCGGAUAAAACGACAAAAUGUCUUAUUAGAGAGGAUGGCUGGAAGGCAAACCUCACACUCACUCAUCCCGAUUACGUCAAGGAUGUCGUCGUCGAUGAGCGAGGGGGCUGGGUUAUCACCGCGUGUCGAGAUGAAGAAAUCCGUGUGUGGAACCGAUCGACUGGACAAUUAUACCACACAUUUUCUGGGCAUUACGAGGAAGUAACAGGCCUGGUUUUACUAGGAACAAUGCUGGUGAGCGUCAGCAUUGACGCCACCAUUCGACAGUGGUCUCUGAAACCUGAUGACCUGCGGAAUGCCGUAGCACAGGCAACAGAACAUCCAACUGACGAACCAUCAACCAACCCAGAAUCUAUGCUGACGGAGGAAGAGGAGCGAGAGCUAGCAGAGUUACUGGAAGAUGAUUAA